AUUUUUGUGAAAUUGUCUAAAAAAUUUUUAUAAAUGUUUAAAAAUACUUUUCAGUCAGGGUUUCUUUCGAUUUUGUAUAGCAUCGGAAGUAAACCUCUACAGAUAUGGGACAAAAAAGUUCGAAAUGGGCAUAUUAAACGUAUUACUGACAAUGAUAUUCAAAGCUUAGUAUUAGAAAUCGUCGGCACAAACGUAAGCACCACGUUUGUAACGUGUCCAGCUGAUCCGAAAAAAACUUUAGGCAUAAAACUUCCAUAUUUGGUUAUGAUAAUUAAAAAUUUGAAGAAAUACUUUACCUUUGAAGUCCAAGUUCUUGAUGAUAAAAAUGUACGUCGUAGAUUUCGAGCAAGUAAUUAUCAGUCAACAACCCGCGUCAAACCUUUUAUUUGUACCAUGCCAAUGCGUCUGGAUGAAGGUUGGAACCAAAUACAAUUUAACUUGUCUGACUUUACCAGGAGAGCGUAUGGAACGAAUUAUGUGGAAACUUUACGGGUACAAAUACACGCUAAUUGCAGAAUAAGACGAGUGUAUUUCUCCGAUCGACUUUAUUCCGAAGAAGAGCUUCCACCGGAAUUUAAACUGUUUCUACCUAUUCAAAAACCUCAAAAAGUUAACCACACGGCGUGUAGUUGAUAGAUUAAUAUUUAUUUAAAGCCGUUUUUACUGUAUUACAAACUUAUUAUUUUUAUUUAUGGAAUAUAAUCCAAACCAGUAAAUAUUUUUAAUUGAAUAUUAUUGGCGGAACUAUUGUUAACAUAAGAGGGAGAUAAUUUGUAAUUCUCUACAUAUAACAAAAAAAAUUUUAGUUUCGAUCGUAAGUAAUAAGAAGGUGUAAUGGAAUAUCCAAGCAAUAUGCUUCAAUUUGCAUUGAGAAGCACUGUUAAACAAUAUACAGCAUUGCUGCAUCUUGUGCAAAAUCGUAAAAUGAAAAAGAAAAUAGAAAAUAAUGUUAUUCAUUGAAAUUUAAAAUUGUUAUGCCUAAUAGGUAACCUUCGUUGUAAAAAUACAAGGUGUUUUCCAAAGUAAA